CUCGUUAAAAUAUUAUUCGUUGUUCUACUCCCGUUCCUCUGGGGAGCUUCACGUCAUCCCAAAAGGGUAAAUAACUAACUAAUGAGCGCACCAACCACGAGAACCUCCAAUCCCACCACAAAUCGACAUGUAAGACAACAACACCACUCACCACACCAACAACUCUCCCAUCCUCUCCCAUCCUCUCAAUCUCAGGUCCAACCCCCAGUUCCAACCUCUCCAACAAAAAUGCCAACACCCCCGCCCACCACCACCACCGACGACACAGAAGCAAUGCCACACCCCUUCCCCACCUCCGCCCGCACCCUCCUCCACCCCCUCCCGCCUCUCACCCUCAUCGUCGCCACAACACCCAUAACAACACCCUCUCCCUCGCCUACAACCAGCGACCACCACCACCGCCGCCGCCUAGGCAUCGGCCAUGCCGGAACCCUCCCCUGGUCCCGCAUAAAAACAGACAUGGCCUUCUUCUCGCGCGUCACGACGCGCGCCCCGGCGCCGGAAAAUGCCACACGCACAAGCACAAGUGCAGUUAACGCGGUGAUAAUGGGCCGGAAGACAUAUGACUCGCUCCCCGCGCGCUUUCGGCCGUUACCGGGCCGUGUGAAUGUCGUUGUGACGCGGGACCGGUCGGGGAGGGAGAGGGCGCGGAUCGAGGGGGAGUGGAGGGCGGCGGGGGAGAGGGAGAGGGAGAAGGAGAGGAAGAACAAUAGCAGGGAGGGAGGAAAUAUCGGCGCGACCACUACUACGCCAUCAUCGACACCAAAACCGGAAACAGGGCCGGAAACGGGGCCAAAACCAGAAGAAGAAACCCCCGACGUCCUCGUAGCAAACAGCCUCGAAUCCGCCGUGGCGGCCCUCCACGACGCGUUCAGGACGACCCCCACCCCGGGCCCCCUCUCUCACAACGCCACCCGCUGCCUCGCGAAUAUCUUCAUCAUCGGCGGCGGUGAGAUAUACGCCGCCGCUCUAAAUCUUAAACCUACACUGGACGGUGGGGAACAGCAACAACAACAACAGCAGCAGCAGCAGCAGCAGCAGCAACAGCAGCAACACGGCGCGAAUGCGGGGACGAUGAGGAUUGUUAUGACGGAUAUAAGACGGUGUCCUGCUCCGGCUUCAGCACCAGAGCCAGCUCUAUCAAGCGAUGUUACGGCUACACCUGCGGCUACGGCUACUGGUAUUACCACGGUAGGGGAAGAGGAGGCGAUGGCGGCGGAGAACUCCGUCAACGGGUCUGAAUGCGAUACGUUUUUCCCGCUGGAUAGUGAGGAAUUGGAGCGAGGUGAUGAUGGGGGGUGGAGAAGGGUGAGUGCGGAGGAUGUUUCUUCUUGGGUGGGCGAGGAGGUGAAGGCGGGGUGGGUGAGGGAGGGGGAGUUUGUGUUGAGAGUUUUGGGCUUUGAGAGGGGGGCUUGAACGCUGGCUGGCUGGAAGCAGAGCAGAUAAUAAGUAAAUAAAUAUCUUAACUUUUGGCUUGUAAUUUUCAAUACACCCUUGAAGAAGCGGUAUGAUAAUGAUAUUACAUUAUUUCAUGGCAAUUGGAAAUGGACUGGGGUUAUGGAAAUUGGCAAGCCCGCCCACUACACACGCCCCUUUGCGGCCAAUUUUAAUAGAAAACAGUGGUUGAAAGAAAAGAAGAAAAAGAACGGUAAAGAAUCUUACGCACAAACAUCUCAUUGUGAUCAAAGAUCGAUGGGAUUAGGACUAACCCUAUUCUCACGUCGCCUUCCAUCAUCUCUCUCACAGCAUGCCAAUCAUCAUGACAAGAAAUAUGAUGUACGCCGAUCCCAUCCAUCCAUCCAUCCAUCCAUCCACUCAACUCAUUCACAAUCCGCCUCACCACUGAAGAAAACAGAAUCAGACAGACAUCAUCCCAUCCAUUACCCAUACCAAUAUCAUUGUGAUCAUACACCCGCUCACUAACGCCCGUAGUACAAUCUCACUCAGAACCCAUCCCAUCCUUCCUCCGCUGCGAUGAAUUCAGCCAUCCAAACGCCGACGCCCCACCAACCGGAUUCGCCGUGCGUGACUUGCCAGACCACGGCCCCGCACUGCCACCUCCUCCAUCGCUAGAAGAAGGUUUCCCCGCGCCAGCACCAUUCACGGACUGCUGCGCAUGUUGGGAUGACGAUGUCGUCAUAUGAUCGUGGCCAUCGCAACUAGUGCUUGUGCUGGUGCCGGUACGGUGUUGGUCUACGGGGGGAAAGCGCGAGUCGCUGCCAAAGCCAGACGAGGCGGUUCCUGUUGCGGUAGUUGUGGUAGUUGUGGGAGUGCCAACGCCGCUGGAGGAAGCCUGUCUAGACACCGUGUUUACUGAUGAGGUCGACUUGGUCGGUUUCAGGAUCUUCAUAUUCCGCGUCCGGGUUGAACGCUGGUAAGCGGACAUGAAGGGGCUGGUGGUGCUGCUGUACAUACUUGCGCUAGUGGAUGUCGUUGUUCCUGUUGCCCCCGUAUUCUCCCCCUUGUCGCCGGUGGUAUCGCGACGCCAGGGGCCCCAGACGCCGCUACCCUCUGCUUUCGCAGAUGAGGUUGACGUGCCCGUGAACGCGCGGUCGCCCGCGCUGGGUUUGGGAUAGUGGCGCUGAUCUGGACUGUUGUUGUCCGAGGAAUCGUCGGUGAAAUGGCGCGCGGAGGAACGGAUGGGUUUUCGGUCGAAGGAGUCCGAGGAGGCGCGGGCGCCUAAGUUGGUGGAAGUAUCAGCCUUGUCUGAGGUUGUGAUGUUGUCAUGGCCCGCGGAAGUUGGGAGUUCACGCUCAGUAGUGGGCUGGUCUCCAUUGGUCACUACAAGGCCAGUUCGCUUGUCGCUGGUAGUUCCGUUGUAUAGUGUUGACAGAUCCUCUGGGCCAGUAGUUAGAUAUCUAAACGUAGAAUCAUCCUCCGGGCGAACCAAGGGAAUUGAGAUUUUGUUGCGCCCGUCAUCGACAAUGAGCAUCUUGUCCUGCGAGAAUAGAAUGUCGGCAUUGUGUGCGCGGAGGACAUCGCUGCCUAGGAAAAUCUGGAUGCUUUUGUCACUCAGGUCUGCGCCACGGAUGAUAAAUCGAACAGUCAACGCAGGUAGCUGGGGGACCGGGCUCCCGCCGCGGGACGAUGGCUGGUAUACACUGGCCUCAGGGAGGUAGACUGGAAGUUUGAUGAUUCGCACACCAUCCUCCUCUGCUGCCUCUUCCUCGAGGCCUAGUUUCCGCACCAUCUGUUCACUGAUGGCUGAGCGGUAUGACCCCGUGCACACUGCAGCGUAGAGCAACGAGUCAUUGGAAAAGUUCGUCGUGAGCCAACAACGGAUGAUGCACGGGACAGGGCCUAGAAUGAAUAGUCCGGGAGGUGGAGGCAAGGGAGUGUUGCUGGCAGACGAGGUCCCAUUCCCACCACCAAGUAAGCGAGAUGCUUCCAGCCCCAUGCUAUUGGUGCGCGCGGAAUGGUGCGAUUGGCCCGACGAGCUCUGUUUCCCGUCAGAUCGAUGAGAAAGCGACCGCUCCGUCAGCGGAUGGCUUCCCAGCCCACUGCCAGUUCGCAAUGGGAGGAGCUCAGCGGUUGAUCUGUUUGCUUGGCUAUAAUACAUCGAGCUCUCAUCGAAUCGCACACUGUUUGCCCGUGAAGCCCCGCGACGAGGUUCUUCCUCAUUUUCCAGAUGUAGCGCUCCCGUCAACCCAUGUUGGUG